ACUCUGUCACUGCGAAGUGCCUUCUCUCUCUGGAACAGAGCUGUUUGUUUCCUUCCUUCCUGCGAUAAGAGCAAGAAAGAGAAGCUCCGGCCGGCGAGAUCUCUUCCUCCUUUUCCGCUCCCUUGGUCGUCUUCUUCUUCCUCUCCAUCAAUGGCGGACGAGCCUUCCCUCACUCGCUGGUCUUUUCUGUAGCUCUAUAUAUAGGAUUUUAAAAUGUUUUAUGAUACCAAGUUUGGGAGGAAGAAGUUGCCGGAGUCGCAAAAUGGGCAUACUGAUGAACCUGCAUCUAAUGGGAGCUCCUCUGCGACAUCAAACGGAAACGGUCAUGUUAAAAACACAUCUGAUAUGGCCAUUUAUGAGCAGUUCCGGAGCCAGGGAAGUUCGACACAGUCCAAUGGGGUUCCGUCUAGCCAGUAUAUUGAGAAACCGCCGAAGCCCCUGUUUCCUACUUUUGAAUCUGCAGAAAUGCUUACAUUGGCAGAGAGUCUGAGCAGGGAUAUUAUUCGAGGGAGCCCAGAUGUUAAGUGGGAUAGCAUCAAAGGGCUGGAGAAUGCCAAACGCCUUCUCAAAGAGGCAGUUGUCAUGCCUAUCAAAUAUCCCAAAUAUUUCACUGGUCUUCUGUCACCAUGGAAAGGCAUUCUCCUCUUCGGCCCUCCUGGGACAGGGAAGACUAUGCUUGCAAAGGCUGUGGCAACUGAAUGCAAGACCACGUUCUUUAAUAUUUCGGCAUCAUCUAUUGUCAGCAAAUGGCGUGGUGAUUCAGAGAGGUUGGUAAAAGUGCUAUUUGAGCUUGCAAGGCACCAUGCUCCAUCAACUAUAUUUCUUGACGAAAUUGAUGCGAUAAUUAGCCAACGUGGUGAGGCACGGAGUGAGCAUGAAGCCAGUAGGCGUUUGAAAACUGAGCUGCUAAUACAGAUGGAUGGUCUAACAAAGUCUGAUGAACUUGUUUUCGUUUUGGCCGCUACAAAUCUACCAUGGGAAUUGGAUGCAGCAAUGCUCAGGCGUCUUGAGAAGCGAAUCCUUGUGCCUCUUCCAGAACCAGAGGCAAGAAGGGCAAUGUUCGGGGAGCUCUUGCCCUCUGUGGCAGGUGAGGAUGAGCUUGAACUUCCAUAUGAUUUGUUGGUUGAGAAGACUGAAGGAUACUCAGGCUCAGACAUACGACUGGUGUGCAAAGAGGCUGCUAUGCAGCCUCUUAGAAGGUUGAUGACACAUCUCGAAAACCGACAAGAAGCGGUGCCUGAGGAUGAGUUGCCCAAGGUCGGACCGAUCAGGCAUGAAGAUAUAGAGGCGGCUUUGAAGAACACAAGGCCCUCUGCUCACCUUCAAGCUCAUCGGUAUGAAAAGUUCAACUCUGAUUACGGCAGUCAGAUACUUGGCUGAAUGUAUGAGCAUCAUCAGAUAUAAACGUUUUGGCAUAUAUCUUGUCCUUCCCCUCUUGCCAGAUAUUAGAUUAUUUAUUUCGGUUGUACCAGUAAUUCCUUUUUUCAAUUUUUAUGGCUCUUUUACUAGCUAUUCUUUGCAUUUUGUAACAUUAGAAAAAUGCAAAAUUAGGACUUCUCUUCUGAAUCGAUGAUUGAAAUCCAUUUCCUCUGAUUCUGUUUUUCCGAACUAGGUUCAACUGGGACAGAAUAUUGUACUUAUAAAAGCCGAGUUUCACCUAAAAAAAUUGGUUGGCUAGUA